CCGACGCAGUUGAUGUACAGAGUCCAAGAUUGAUGGCGAAGACGCCCUCACUGCAAAGCUGAUGGAGGAUCGACCGAGAUGGAGCACAGCGCAGCGCCCUCUUCGUAUCCAACAGGAGUUUCAUGAUUCUAUUGCCACGGACAAACAAAGUGUAGAAUGCUUGACCAGCGCGGACGGCCUGGAGCGGUGGCCGAUCGCUUUGCUUGGUUGAGUCAAAUUCUUGGAUUCAUAACAAGGUUAUGCUCAAGAUUCUCGAAAUGCCAGGGCAAGCAAAUGGAUGCAUCCUGGGAUAGGCUCAUACAGCUUCAGGACGGGGCUCAGAGGCAAUACCGGUAUUCUGGAAAGCACCGACACAUCUGUGGACGCAAACAAGCUACCCAAACACGAUGCCCAAGCCACUUGAGCUGGACACGAAUCCCGCCUAUUUUGAGAAAGCGCUCUGGAUGUGUUCUUCAGAGGGCGCAGUGGAUGUGGUGGCAUGGAGACCGGCCGCAUCGGUCGAGCAACGCAGGAGCAAAUGGCAAGACAGUGGCUUGAUUGGCAGGUCGAACGAAAGCAGGUGCGAACGCAAGUGCAAAGAAGCGAGCCCCGAGGAGCACGCCCUCUGCCUCGAUCAGGGAUUGCUGCAGCCAACGGUCCGGAUCAGGCGCGGGCUGGCUGGCUGGCUGGCUGCGGCAGCUCCCUGGCGCCAUCGAGGCGGCAUCAAGGUUGCAGACGGCAGGUCAGUUGGCAGCAACGUUGCUGGUGGCGCCUGUGGCUCCAGGGCUGCGGGGCUCUGGGGCUUGAUCGCUCCGGCAACUGUACAUGGCUGCCAGGGGGCUCGGCCACAGGGGUGUCUGCGCCGCGCACGUGGGCUGCCAUGGAAGCCAGGAUUGGCGUGCUGGGCCCCGAGUCGCCAGCUGCGCAGCCGCCCAAGCAGGCACAUGGCGGGCUUGGGCGGCCGCAGCCGCUUGCCCAAUGGAUUGGCAGUAAUUUCGGCGAAUCAGCGGCGGGUCUGCUGGCGCCAAGACACGCGUGGUGCACAGACGAAGAACAACGCCGACGAACAACGACGCCGACCAAGCGCAAUUGACGGAUCGACAAGAGCGCUGCUCCAGCAAGAGGGAAUUGCAUCUGGCCAAGACCAACCGAGUCGAGUUGAGUCGGGUCGAGUCGAGUCGAGUUGCAAGGCAGCCCUGAUUUUUAUCGCCAUCGACGCUCCUUAUUGGCACCAGCCGGGCCAACCUGCACUGACACAGCGGCGGCAGAGAACGCGUGGCUUCUUCUGCGGCUUGCUUCGACGCCGGCAUUGAUACCGACAAUGUUGAUACCGGCGAUGGCGACGGCGAUGGCGAUGACCCCCGCGGCCUGUCUGCCUGCUUGUCUGUCUGCCACCCAGUCCGAAUGCCAGGCCGGCCCUCCCCACCGGCGCGGCUCGCCGCAAAGCUCCUCGAUGGCGCUGGACUGACUCGGACACCUGACCGCUCCAAUCGGGACGGCGGUGGCGGCGGCCCGGGCUGGUUCGAAUCGCGUGCGACCAAGACCGGCUUGCAGGCGCUGUCGGGGAACGCCGUCGCUUGCUUGCUGUGGGAGGACAAACGCUGCAGAGGCCUUUCGACGGACGCGCGUGGAUCGGCAGCAACAGAAGCUUCUUUGCGCACAUCGAUCUCCUCCCGAUCGGCCACGAUCCACCUGGCCGCAGUUACUGCAGCCGCUACCCACCAGCUGCCCAUCUCUAUCGCCCGGGGCAUAUCAAGGUUUACAAUCGGUCCACCCCGCGGCUCGAACGCC